AUGUGCUCACUAUCGUCCCUAUCGAUCUCGUCGUUGUCAUCAUCGAAUACAAACGGCAGAUAUAAAUCGAAAUCGAUGAAACGAAAAAAAUGGAAAAAGGAUCGCAAAAAGGGACGUGUCGACAGCUCGUCUCAUUUUACUGUUAAAAAUGUUAAGGAUAAUGAUAAAAUUGAUUCCGAUUCAAAUUCAGACACGGAUUCGGAUGAAAAUGGUAUGCUGAAUGAGGAACGAGUGGUGCCGAAAUGGGAGCGAUUGACUGCUGAGGAUUUGAUUGAUGAUUACUCGUCGUUCAGUGAUGACGAUGCGGACGGGCAGGGAAAUGGGACUACGGAUGAACGAGGCAAGGAGGAGAUUGGUUGGACACAAACCCUUGCUGCCGGGCGAUUUUAUGCGAGGAAUCUACGAGGAGAGCAAUACGCGACAAAAGAUUUGCAANNNNCGAUUUUAUGCGAGGGUUGGUAG